CGCCGACAAACUCGUACAGGACACGGCAGAUCAUUUCCGGCAAGACGUAACUUUUGCGCAUUUCCACAGCUAUGGUGUUGAUUUCCGGAAACAAGUCACGCCCAGCCGCUGUCGACAACUUCCGAUAAACGGAGACAUGGAGCCCGGUGAUCAGGACAUCAACCUUAACUCUCCCAACAAAGGUUUGCUGACAGACUAUGUGGUAGACGUCCCCAUGGCACCUACUGGGGGGCAUAUCCCUGCCGAUGCCGCUGGGAUGGCAGUGUUGCCAGAGGGCCUGACAGAAGCGGAGGCUGAGGAACUGCGCAGUGAGUUGCUGAAGGUGGAGGAGGAAAUCAACACCCUGCGCCAGGUUCUGGCUGCCAAGGAGAGACAUUCCAAUGAGCUGAAGAGGAAACUGGGCCAGACCCCCCUAAACCAGCUGAAGAUGAACUUGUCCAAGAGCCUUCAGGAGGUGCAGAUGUCCAAUGCUUAUGUAAAAACAUCAGAGAAACUUGGCGAGUGGAACGAGAAAGUGACCCAUUCUGAUGUCUACAAGAAAACCCACGAAACCCUGUCACAGGCAGGGCAGAAAACUUCCACAGCUCUGUCUACCGUGGGCACAGCUAUCACCCGGCGACUCGGAGACAUGAGGGCUUUCCCUUUCUCUCAGUCAUUUAGCAGCUACUCUAUCCGCCACUCCAUAAGCAUGCCCGCCAUGAGGAACUCCCCCACCUUCAAAUCAUUUGAGGAGCGUGUGGGAAGCCUAAAGAGUCGAGUGUCUCUCGGAGGAGAAGAAGGCGACGGCAGGAACUUGCACUCUCCGGAUAACAAGUCACAGGACUCCGCUCCCUUCUAGACCUUGUUCCCCCGACUGUGACCCAGAAGAACAUGAUUGUUUCCCAGACACUCCCCUUCCUGUUCUGCUGGCUCUCGGCCUGGGAAUCCCUCAGUUUAAAUGGAAACUGCACCUUUAAGAAGAAAUAGCCCUAGGACAUUAUUUGCAUUUCUGCUGCCUUGUAGAGUAGCAAGUCACAUGGGUGGGGUUUGGGAUAUGUGCUGCUGCUGCCUGAAGGGGUGACAUGGGUGGGGUAGCAAGAUGCACGUUAGUAAAUAUGAAACUAAAGCAGCCAAUAACCUCCUCCUAAUAGGUUUGGUUAGGGUGGGAACUACUCAAGUCCCAAGUUGAGCAGGUGGGACAUGAGGGUUAUCGGGAGUAUGUUAUGGUUACCUAACGUAGUGGGAGGUGCUUGGCAACUAAGUGGGUUGGACAUGGAGCUCCCUUGUAGGAUCUGCUUGAUAGCACACUGGGUGUGGCUAGAGAGACACCAGAUGAGUUAUUUUGGGAGAUGCUUGUUGGACUAUAUUGGUGGGUCUAGGGAGUAACCAUUGAGUUUGUGGGAGGUGCUUGAUUAGACUGGUGUGGGUGGGGCCAUAGAAAAAUUAGAGAAGGUGGUUUUAUUGGGGGUUCGAAUACAUAAUGUUUCUUAUUUUCAUAUUUAUGGGGACUGUCAUAUUGCUUGCCUCUGUACAGCACCACCCACUGCUAAGCUUUCAUGUAAGUAGCGUGAUGCCAGGCAAGCAAUAUGCAACUCGUGAUGUACACUUCUACUCAAACUUUAUCCUAAAUACAGGAACUGGCAGCUUCUUUGGUUUCAUUUCCCUUUAAACAGCAGAUUCAGUUGCUCCGUGGCACCCCAAAUUGAAGUGGGAUCUACCACCGGAUGGGGAUUCAGGCUGCAAAUCAUAUCCUAAUUUAACCCUUUUCCUUCCUACAGGAUUGUGCCUAGGGCAGUGAGAUUGUCCCUGGGUGUAACCCUUUCUCAUACCAAUAAUCUUUGAAUAGAAAACACUAUCAAGCAACUGGCUGGGGCAUCCCAUUUUGUUUGGACGCUCCUAUUGAUUAGAUUUAACCCCCUGCUCACCAAGCAGGGGCCAAGUAUAUUAUAUUGCAACUUAAAUGUCUUUUCUCUCUCUCUGAUACUUGAACUGCACUGCUUACUAAGCGGGGCCACAGUGGCCCCCAUGCAAAUGCUGUAAAGACUAUAGAUAUAUAUAUCAGUGGCUCCCAUGCAAAUGCUGUAAAGACUAUAGAGAUAUAUAUACACAAACGCACAGUACUAUAUUCAUUCAUGUAGUAUCAGUUGUACUGUGUAUCGCUUUAUACUGCUGCCAUUCAGUCAGUGACAGAGAGAGGCUGCUAAUGGGACAGCUAGGAUUUUAAGGGAGGCGCAAAGCUGAUUUUUGAUUUGCAUGCUGAGAGGCUUUACUUUAGGAUUAUGAGCAGGAAUGUCUCACCUCUGGCUUUUAUUGCUGGGAACUGUAGUUCAUUGUGACCGGUAUAGGGGCCACAGGUGAGCGCUUCCUGUAAGUGUGUGGCCCCACUCUCGUUUUCUCUGUACUGUGCAUUGUUCUUCUAUCACUGUGUAACAUAUAACCAAAGGCAUCACAUUUCGCUGGCACCUGCACUCUCCUUACUGGGGGCAAUAGUGGGCCCCCAUUAGUUUCAGGCAUGCAGGUUUUAUCAAGAGAAUGUGUUUGUACCACAAAUCCCUCGACUGGAGGGGCCACAGCUCUGUAAGUGGCUCCUUCCUCUUAUAAGGGGCUCUAUCAAUAAAGCAUUUAAUAGGAA